AUGUCUAAAUUUGAGCAGAUCAUAAAAUUGAUAACCCUGCUAUCAGCAAUUUUACUAUCUGCAAAUGGAAUUCCAACACCUAAUGCACAAGGUAGAGAUAUAGUAUCAGGAGUAUUUAUUCCAGCUGAGACUUUUAAAAAUCUUCAAGCUGAAGCAGAUAAACAUAAUGUUCAAGCUAUUAAUAAUCAGCUAUCGGACCGAAUGCAACAAAAUUCGGAUCAGUCAUCACAACAAGGUGAAUCGAUCUUAAAAGUUAACCCGCAAAACCAACAAAUAGAUCAACAAUCAUCGCAAUCUUCAGUGACAGUCAAUCAACAACCGAGUUCCUCAAACCAACAAGGAAAUCAACAACAAGUUGUGGUUAAUCAACAACCUGCUCAACAAUCACCUGUAAUUAAUCAGCAACCUAACCAGCAACCAAUUGUAGUAAAUCAACAAAGUCAGCAACAGCCACAAAAUCAACUACAACCACAAGUCAUGGUUAGUCAACCACAACAACAACAAUUUAUCGUUAGUCAACCACAACAACAACAACAACAACAAGUUAUGGUUAGUCAACCACAACAACAACAACAAGUUAUGGUUAGUCAACAAGGACAAAUUGUGAUGCAACCACAAACAGAAAGCCGACCAGUUUACAUGAACCAACAACCAAAUCAAAUAUACGUUCAGCAACCAAAUCAGCAACCCAUUUUUAUUCAUCAACAACCGAAUGAAGGGCAAGCCAUGUUAGUAAGUCAACAACCUAGUCAGCAAACUGUUCUAGUAGCUCAACAACCAAAUCAUCAAGGAAUUGUUGUACAGCAACCAAAUCAACCGACGGUAUUUGUGAAUCAGCUGCCUAAUCAACAAGAAAACCAACAACCAAUUUAUAUUAGCCAUCCUAAUCAACAGCCCACAUAUGUUGUGUCACAGCCUCAACAAGGCCAACAAACUAUUUUUGUUAGCCAGCCAAAUCAACCGAACAGUCAGUCUGGUCAGACUUUGGUAUCUGUUGGACAGCCUAUGGUAAAUGGAAAUCAAGUCGUUAUAUCAAAACCAAAUCCAGGCAGCGUGUAUUAUGUUCCAGUAAGUAAUCCAAAUAACAACCAAAAUCAAGUUUCUAAUAAUGGAGCUACAAUCUUAAUUCCCGUACAACAAUCGCAAGGAUCUGGACCGAUAUAUACUGUGAGAAACAGAAGACGG